UGAAAAUUACCAUUUGGAAAAAGCUGGCUUUUUAACCAGCUUUGAGCAUCUAAUAAUAUUGGACUCAUACAGUAAUUUUUUUUAACAGCAGGAAGCAGCACUUUAGGGAUGCAGCGAAAUACCCGAGGGCCCCCUUUACCACCUUGUUUUCUGCACUGAUGUUGAGUGAGUGGUGUCAGGCCAAAAGAAAUCUUUAGCUUAAAGAUUGCUGAGGCAAAGGACUCACCUAAAAAGCAGUUUCUCCGAGAGGAGGAAGUGAUGCAGCGCAGGAUUAGUUGUUGGCAACACUUGUGCCGCCGCCCUUCCUCACUUAAGACUAAGCAUAUAAAUGUACUUUCCGUGCUGGAGGCGAGCAUUUAUUGAUCUUGGAGCUUUAACAACAACAUAAGGAAACAGAUGACCAAUUUUGCUGUCGCCGGAGACCCGAGUCGUCGUCUGCCUUAGCCAAGGUGGCACCUCGACCAGCCCCAGAUUUCACCUCAGGAGCCUUACCGUGUCUCAGCCGGCAAUAUGGCCCGUUGCUGUAUCUUUGAGAGCUCCCCCGGGAGGGGCGGGGCUUCCGGUCGGCGCGGGGCCGUUUCCGUCGCGUCAGUCCGCCGGAGCCGCCGGCGCUCGCGGGCAGGAGGGUCCUGGACGGCGCCGGUGGAGCGGGCUGGUGCCGAGGCGGGUCACGACCCUGUAUUCCUGGUUCAUCUUCCGGGCCUCCCUCUUGCAAAAAUCCCUAGAUCGGUCUCUCCUCCACCUGGCUCUUUCAUUCAAUUGGGGGAGUAGGCGGGUCCCGAUUGCCGAGAGCAACCCGCGGGCAACGGGGCGAGGUGUUGCGGAGACCUUGGGACUCAGGACCGCACAAAGGACCUGUUGCCCGAGCCAGGUCUUCAGGAAUAAGCGGGAGGUUGUUUUGUUUAAGGUGCGGGGCACUGUACUAAGUGCUUUACCUGCAUUAUCACAACUGUAGUGAUGCAGACUAGCAUUCUCGCCAUUCUGUUGUGGAAGCUGAAGCCUCAGUAACGUUGCUUCGCUUAUUCAAUAAGUGAUGAGUCAGAAAUCGACUUCCCAAGCCUAGACUCAACCAUACCUCUGCACUGUCUCUCUACUAUUCUGUUGUGUACACCUGAACCAGUUGACUAAAAAGGCAAAGCGCUCCAGUGAGUGGUGCUGGCUGUUCAGAGGAGGGACAGACAGAUGGCAAUCAGAGUGCCUCAGGAAGAAUGCUGACCUGAGCUGGGUGUGAUUUGGAAGAUCAAUGGAAGGCAUUCCAGGUCGGGGGCAGCCAAAGCAAAGACUCACAGGAUUCUGCCCUGGCCUUCAGCUUUUCAUCUGAUGGCUGGCAUCUUGGGGAUCUUGUUUUCGUAAGAUUGUUGGAAUUCCUGUGAUCGUCAUAUGAAAGCUUCCCCUGGCCUCAUCACAUCCUAUAUCCUGGAGUUGUCCUAAGGAACCCGGGUGUAGACACCCAAGCAUCAAGUUCUCUUCCAGAGGAAUUCUCCAAUCUUGGUGGUGUGUGGACCCCAUUUGGGGUAUCUCUUUGGCAUGAUAAUCUCCUGACAUAGCUCUCUAUCCCCAGGUGUAAUUUGUCCAUUUUUGAAAACAGGCCCUGCUGCCUCUAUUUAGAACUGCCAAACCUGUAUCUGGAAGUGUCUCCCAACCUUGGGAGUGCUCAAGUUCAGUUGGACACUCUGCUUCGUUCUGGAAAAAAAAUAUAUGGGCUCCAGCUCAGGCAGUAUCAAGACAGGCCAGGCCUACAGACCCUCCAAAGGGACAAAACCCCUCUUCCUCGCUGUGAAGCUGGAUUCUUCUUACUGAAUAUGAGACCUUUCCUCUACCCUGUUACCUUUUCUUCUGUGUGAUAUUCACAUGCUCACAUUCAGUCAUGCGUGUGAGCAUGCCUUUUUUCCCAGAACCUCCAUGGUCUCUUCCCCAGUUCUGCUGCAGCUGCUCCUCAGCCCAGGCCCCAAGGCACAGCAGUCCCUGUGGCAGUAGAUAAUGUCUUCUGGGGAGGCAGCAACAUUUGAGGAUCUGACCAAAGACUGGAAGUAUUAGGAAGCCCCUCAGAAGGACUGCAGCAGAGGCAUAAUGCUGAACAGUUACGAGAACACAGUCCCUCAGGGAGACUUCUUACAAUUCUCCACGACACCACAGAGAGCUGGAAAUGAUCCCCCUGGUGUUUCAAAUCCAAGUGACACAGAAACGGAGAUAAGUACCAUGAGAGAAAAGUUUCUCACCAGCGUGACCAAGUUGGUAGAAAGCAAAAGUUACAACAGCAAGGUAUUUUCCAAAGAAAAGUACUUUCAAACAAUCAAAGAAGUCAAGGAAGCUAAGGAGAAGGGGAAGAAGUCAUCACGUGAUUAUCGCCGUGCAGCAAAAUAUGAUGUGAUUUCUGUAGCAGGCACAGAGAAACUCAUAGAGGCUGCUCACAGAGAACGAGAUCGGAUACGGUAUUACGUACACAAGGAAGAGCUGUUUGACAUCCUUCACGACACACAUCUCAAUAUUGGCCAUGGCGGGCGGACACGCAUGCUCAAGGAGCUGCAAGGCAAAUAUGGGAAUGUCACCAAAGAAGUCAUUGUCUUAUAUCUGACUCUGUGUAAACAGUGCCACCAGAAGAACCCAGUACCCAAGAGAGGCCUUGCGCCCAAGCCCAUGCCAUGUAAGGACAAUGACUCCAGAUGCCAAGUUGAAAUCCUUGAUAUGCAGUCAAAUGCUGAUGGGGAGUUCAAGUUCAUUUUGUAUUACCAGGACCACGUAACCAAGUUCAUUAUUUUACGGCCAUUAAAAGCCAAGCAGGCCCAUGAGGUAGUCAGUGUCCUGUUGGAUAUUUUCACAAUUCUUGGUCCACCCAGCGUGUUAGAAUCUGACAGCGGCAUAGAGUUCACAAACCAGGUUGUUAAUGAGCUCAAUGAGGUAUGGCCAGACCUAAAGAUUGUCCUUGGUAAGUCCCACCCUGGCCAAGGCCAGGGCUUCCUGGAGCGAGCAAGCCGUGAUGUCAAGACCAUGCUGAGUGCCUGGAUGCAGAGUAACCACUCCCGUCAUUGGACCGAAGGCCUGCGAUUCAUGCAGGUGGUGAGGAAUCAGGCCUUUGAUGGUUCCUUGCAGCAGAGUCCGUACGAGGCAAUGUUUGGUUGUAAAGCCAAAUUUGGACUCUAUUCCUCACACUUGCCCCGGGAAACCGUGGCUGUUUUACACACAGAGGAGGAGCUAGAAAUUGCUGAAGAACAACUGGAAAGCAGCCUCUGGGUCAGGCAGGAAGAGAGGGCUGAGGUUGGAGCAGACCGGUCUGACAUGGACGAGGACGUUGAUCCCACACCUCUCGAAGCCUCGGAGCCCAGCACCUCCCAGGCAGCCUCAGGUCUCUUCUCCUGGUGAACAGACAUCUGCUGAGUGGACGCUUAGUGCCUCUGGGUACCGUAGAGCCACCUGAGAGCUGUAACCAAGACUCCAGAUGAAAGGAGUGAAGGCCACUCUCUCAGGAAUGCUGUUCUCAGUAGUCCUGAGUCAGAGGGGGAUGCGGCUCCGGUCUCUGAUCUCACCUGCCCUAACAAAUUCCCACAAACCUGGAGGCUUAAAACAGCAGAACUUUGGGGACUUCCCUGGCAGUCCAUGGUUGAGACUGUGAGCUCUCAAUGCAGGGGGAGCAGGUUUGAUCCUUGGUUGGGGAACUAGGAUCCUGCAUGCUGAGGAUACAGCCAAACUUUCAAAAAAAAAAAAAGAUUAAAAAAACUUUCUUGUUAGUCCUAGAGGCCAGAGGUCUGAAAUCAGGGUGUUGUCAGGGUUCAUUCCUUCUGGAGGCUCCAAGAGAGAAUCCAUUCCAGGCCCUCCUCCUUUCUCUAGUGGCUGUCAGCAAUUCUUGGCAUCCCUGGGCUCAGCAGCCCAGAGUAGCACAGAUCCAGCCUCUGUCUUCAUGUGGCCUUCUCCCCUUGGUCUGUGUGUGUGCUCCUUUUCUAUCUCUUAUAAGGACCCCAUUGGACACCAAAUCUAUGUCGUUGGAUUUAGGGCCCAGCUUAAUUAAUGAUCUCAUCUCGGGAUACUUAACCUUAAUUUAACCUGCAAAGACCCUGUUUCUAAGUAGGUUCAUAUUCAUGGUUGCUCGGGGUUUGGACUUGGACAUGUCUUUGGUGGGGGGGACUGCAGUUGUACUGCAAUUGGCUCGGGGUAAUGAACCUGCUUGCCAAUGCAGGAGAUUCUCAUUUGAUCCCUGGGUC